UCGGCUUGUUUUAAAGAUGGCGGCGUCUCUCGGCGCUGCAGACAGGUCGGUGUUUUUUCGCGCCGUUGUCUGGUUUUGCCGCCGUUAAUCCCGGACAGAGAGCCUCGGGGAUGACGUCAUGAGGAGCAGGUUGACGUGCAGUGUUUCCGGAUGCCUCGUGUGAACCGGACAGCCGUGUUGUCCCUGCUGAUCGUCAGCAGCUCCGUGUUCCUGUUGUUCCAGCUGUAUUACUACAGGAAGUACGUCAGUAAGCCUGGCCCUCACAUCCUGAGUCAAACAGGUCACCUGACCGCCAACGACGUCCAAUGGCAGACUGUGAAGAAGUUUCUGGCGUUAGCUCAGCGAUUCAGGCUGCCGUUGUUCCUCGCUGACACCGCUGCACUGACGCUUCUCUCCCAGGAUGCUUUGCGACAGCGCGACAGGCUGGUGCGUGAGCCGCACUGCAGCUUUCUGUGCACUGGUCGGCCAAUCACAUCCUUCGCUCUGCAUGCCAACCUUUGGAAGUAUGAUCCUGGCCUCCUAUUGGCUGCACAGCAGAAGGGUUUCGACCUGCUGGAGCUGCGAGGAGAGGACCCACGAUUGGCCAGUCUGGACACGCUAUCAGGAGAGGAGAUCCCCCUGCACUUCCUGUUCCGCCUCCAUGGCUACGUCGUCCAGGUGGUGUUCCUGUACGAGCGGAGUGGCAACUACCUUUGGCACGGAGCGUUGCGCCUAAAAGCUAACAUGGACCGAAACUUCGCUCCCUUCAAACUGCUCGACUACGGACGCCAUCCUGGAGCGUAUGACAGGCCAGAGCUGGUCCUGACGGUCCUGGAUGGCCUCGACAUUCGAAUCCCUCACAACAUCUCCCGUUUCUUGAAUGAGCAGCAACACGCCCACUUCCUGGAGUGCCGUUACCGUGACGCACGCAACUUCCUGCAGCUCUACCCCGACGACUCAUCUCCGGAGGCGCUCGACUUCAGGAGGAAAGUGAAGUCUCUGCUUCACCUCGCCGCUCGAACACUCUCACGCCUCGACGUCCCCUUCUGGCUCAGCAGCGGCACCUGUCUGGGCUGGUUCAGGCAGUGCAGUAUCAUCUCUUACAGCCGUGACGUCGAUAUUGGGAUUUUCAUUGUAGACUUCAGGGCGGACAUGGUCGCAGCAUUCAGGGACGCCGGCCUGUCGCUCAAACACAAGUUUGGAAAGGUUGAGGACAGUCUGGAACUUUCCUUCCUGAGCGAUGAUGUCAAGCUGGACAUUUUCUUUUUCUACGCAGACGGAGACGUGGUGUGGAACGGAGGCACGCAGGCUAAGAGCGGCAAAAAGUUCAAGUACAUCUUCCCGCGGUUCUCGCUGUGCUGGGCGGAGCUUCUGGAGCUGAAAGUUCGUGUUCCCUGUGAAACACUCGAUUACGUGACAGCGAACUACGGAGACACCUGGAGCAUCCCACUCAGGACCUGGGACUGGAAGACGUCACCAAGCAACGUGCAGGAAAAUGGGGUGUGGCCUCCAGCCGAGUGGGCGGAGCUUAUCCAAAUUUACUGACAGGAAAUGCCUGAAAAUUAAAUCAACACUGAAACUACAAAUAAAGACAAAGUGAAAAGAA